UCCAAAAGAAGAAUCCAUCAUGGCGUACAGAAACAGAGAACGAAAGUGGGCAAUCGAUUUUAUGACUGAAAGAAAUUAUGAUACAGUUGAUUCCUCUGCUAGAUCUGUUGUUUCAACAAGACACAGAGUGGUCCCAUCUAGCAAUUUGCUGUACCCAGUGGGCUUCGUCCAGGAAGGAAUCAUGCAAGAACGCGCACAGGAUGGCGCUGAUCAAAACCUCAUUGUAAAGAGAUCCUGGGAUAUAGCACUUGGACCCAUCAAGCAAGUGCCAAUGAACAUGUUUAUAAUGUGGAUGGCCGGCAAUUCCAUUUCUAUUUUCCCCAUCAUGAUGGUCGGCAUGAUGUUUUUCAGGCCAAUUCAGGCAUUGUUUGGAAUUCAGAAUACUUUCAAGAUGAUCGAAGGCGACCAGGCCAUUCUGCAGAAGCUGGUUUACUUGGUGGGCAACGUGCUGUGUUUGGCGAUGGCUGUUUACAAAUGUUCCGUGAUGGGACUUCUUCCUUCACACGCAUCUGACUGGUUAGCAUUCGUACAACCACAAGAGAGAAUGGAAUGGUCUGGUGGUGGAGUUUUACUUUGAUUUCUACUAUUUUUCCAAUUGCAAUUUGUAAAUAAAGAUUAUUAAGGAACUCUCA